CGGUGGCAGAUUAAAAGCACACCAGCGUCUCUCGCUUCAUAUCUUUUUUAUUUCCUGCGGGUCAGGGUUGCCUCACAGCCUCCUCUCCUCUGACUGAGCAGCAGAAAUGGCUUUAAACGGUAAAAUCGCAGUAGUGACUGGAGCAGCGAUGGGAAUAGGAAAAGCAAUGGUGGAGAUACUCCUGCAAAACGGUGCCAAGGUAGCCCUCCUGGAUGUGAAUGAAACUGCAGCAAAGAAUUUAAUGGAAGCCCUCGAGAAACAGUACGGACAGGAGAGAACUUUGUUCCUGAAAUGUAAUGUUGAAUCAGAGGAGCAGAUCAAAGCUGCCUUUCAGAAAACCACAGAAACAUUUGGAGGAAUAGACAUCGUGUGCAACAACGCCGGCAUCUUGAAUGAGAGUGUCUUGGAGAAAACUGUCUCCAUAAACCUUGUGGGUGUCAUAAGAGGAACUUACCUGGCUCAGGAGCACAUGAGCAAGCUGAGUGGAGGUCGGGGAGGGGUCAUCGUCAACACAGCAUCCCUGGCAGGUCUCGGUCCUCUGCUGACCUGUCCUGUCUAUACAGCCACAAAGCACGGAGUGGUCGGCUUCACUCGAGCCGUGGCGGCUGCCUCUGCUGCAUCAGGCUACGGUGUAAGAGUCAACGCUCUUUGCCCAGGUUUCGUCCAAACUGAGCUUUUCACCGCUUUUCCAUCCAAACUGGGGCAAUAUUCCCACCUUGCUGACGCAGGCCAAAAAAUAGUAGAUAAUAUUGGGAUAUUAACUGUAGCUGAGGUAGCAGAGUCCCUCCUCGAGCUGCUGACAGAUGAGACGAAGAAUGGAGAGGCCCUCCUGAUAUUGCCAAAAGGAAAAGAAUAUGUGACUUUUCCUUCAUUGGUUUAGUGACUUUGUGCUUUGUACAGCAGACAAGUAAUUUCAGCUAAAAUAUCUUUCUGCAAAUAACAUCAUGUAAUUCUCGUUUGGAGAUAAUAAAUAUAUUAAUGCAUAAUAAAUCAGCAAAUAUUAAAAUGAUUUAUUUUUGCCUGAGAGUGCAGAGAACUUUAUGUGUAUUUAUCAUCAUGCUGUUGUGUCCACUGUGUAGUGAUCCCUCUUAUAAUUAAGUUCUACUUUUGAGGGAAUUGUCUGAAUUAAAUUUUAGAAUAAUGUGCAUAUUUUAUCUUAUCUGAUUAUAAUUACUGAUGCAUUAAUGGUUCUUUAAUGGUCCAGGUUCUACUUAUAUCCUGUGAAUUUCCCCCUGGGAUCAAUAAAGUCUUAUCUUAGCGUAUAAUAAUACAUCAUAUUCUACUUGUUGGUGAUAUUUUGAAUGAUUAAUCUGAAUCUGCAAAGUAACUAAUAACUAAAGGUGUUAGAUAAAUGUGUCCUGCAGCCUCUGCAGGUGUAGCGUUGACAUGACUCUGUUUUAAAAGAUCAGAAGCCUAAACGGAUAACUCUGGUCUGGCUUGUUGAGUCUGCACUACAUUACAUAGAUUAAUUUGAUCUGCAGUCAGUUUCCAGUUUAGUUGAAUAUGAGCAUCAGGCGUCAGUGCUCACUUAUACCCACAAUCCUUUGCAUUUUGAGGAUGUUUGUGAAACUGCAAAUUACU